UGAUGAGACUGCAAACUAUCUUCAGUAAACUUUCUUUAAUCGAAUCUCUGACUCAGACUCUUCUUCAUCUGGCAGGGUUCAAACUAACUGCUAUAGGCUACUGCCUCUCACAACUUCCUCUUCCAACCACACAAGGAGUGCUGGCUUUGAAAAGGCACCACUUCAGUGCAAAGGUUCACACGUUAUUCUGCUAACGCUGAGAUCAACAUGACAGACAAGGCCGGAUAUCAUUCAAGCAUUGUAAAAACAGAAGAGUGUGAAUCUGAGGACACCUGUGCCACAAAACGUGAGAUGAAAAUCAGAUUCAGUCUGUCGUUACUAAGUGAGGAUGUUUUGGAUACAGCCUCACUACCAGAGGACUAUGAAGAUGCUCACAACGAUUGUUUUCUUGAUGAGGAUUCAUCACUUGUGGCCCUGGCUAACAUGACCCUGAGUGUGGUUGAUGACCAAGAUCCCGACGCUGAUGACCCUUUCUGCAGCUGUGAUCAGCCCUUUAAUGAAAUCGUCAUCACUCCUGACCAAGCUGAUUAUGCAUAUAUUUCUCUAGAAAUCAAGAGACUGAUUAAAGACAAAAGCAAUAUGUACCUGAAGUCAAAAAAAGAACGCAAGUUUGUUUCGUCAGGUGGAACAAAUGACAUAUAUUUGGAGGACACCAUGUCAGCAAAAAUCACCAUCUCCCAUGUCAUGGUUGCUGAAGACUUGAAAAAAGCUAAAGCUGUUGUGCUGAACUUCACUGACACCGAAAACUUCUUCUGCUGCAUCAACAAUGGGGAAGAAACUACGUUAACAAUUACAAGGUAUAAGCAAGAAAAGCUACGCAACUCUACAGCUGACCCAAUAAAGCCCUCUCUUGUUUUCUACAUGUCUCAAACCCCAGAUGGUUUCUAUCAUUUUGAGUCAGCCCUCCACAGAGGAUGGUUCCUUCACACUGUAAACUGCAAUUUGAAAAUGCAAAAAUGUGAUCGUAAAAGCACUGGUAACCAAUUCAACUUCAUCGAAAGUGACAAGACAUCAACUACUUUAUAUUAG